UGCGCCGGGCAGGGGGCGUCCGGCGAGGCGGCCAUGGCGGAGCUGAGGGGCCGGCGGUGGCCGGGCACGGGGCAGGCGGGCGGCGGGGCCGAGUGGAGUGAGGAGGAGGACGGGGACGGGGACGGAGGCGGCGGGGAUGGCUUCACGCUGGACGAGGUGCUGCGGCUCGGCGGCACCAAGCAAGACUUCCUCAUGCUGUGCGCCCUGGACGAGGAGGAGGAGAUGGUGGACGGCGGCAGGAAGGGCGCCAUCGACGACCUGGAGGAAGGGGAGCUGGAGGCCUUCGUCAGCUCCCUGGGGCUCGGCAGGUACGCGGAGAGCUGCCUGCAGGAGGAGGACGAGGAGCAGGAGGAUGGCGGCGGGGGGAAGGGGAAGCCCGCCAAGAAGGAGAAAGGCAAGAAGGAGAGCGCCCCUUCUUCGUAGGAGGGAAAAAGGAAAAAAAAAGGCAAAGAACAAGUGAGCGGUAAGAAGGAGAGCAAGAAGAAGCAAGCAGGUGGGGGUCCAGACCAGCGGCUCUCGGUACAGAAAGAGAGGCCGGAGGAGGAUUUUGAGUUUCGUGCCAGGCAAGUGAUACUGAUCAAGCCAGGGGGCAAGUGGUAUGACCUAGAAUACACCAGCGAGUUCUCCUCUGAGCCACAGGACCAGACGCUUCUGUCUAAGUAUAAGGCCUUGGCCCAAAAGCUGUACCAGCACGAGACAGACCUGUACAAGAAAAAGACAGACUAUCAGAAGGGGGCCUCUUCGGCGUGGAUGAAAACUGUGGUGUCAUCGGGUACCUUAGCUGACAGGAUGGCAGCCAUGACCCUGCUCAUUCAGGACAGUGCUGUCCACAGCCUGCAGUUUGUUGAGAACUUGGUAAACCUCGUAAAGAAAAAGGGUGGCAGGCAGCAGAGCCUCAUGGCUUUGGAUACUUUCAGGGAGCUUCUCCUUUCAGAUCUCUUACCAGACACUCGAAAACUGUGGUCUUUCUCGCAGCGUCCAUUUAACAACAUAGAGAAGAUGUCAAGUGGCAACAGGGAUUCGAGAGACAGGAGACUGAUACUCUGGUACUUUGAGCAUCAGCUGAAACUGCAGGUGGCAGAAUUUGUGCAAACCUUAGAAACCCUGAGUCACGAUUCUGUGACAGCAACCAAAGCGCGAGCGCUGGCAGCUGCCCAUGAGCUGCUCUGCAACAAGCCGGAGCAGGAGAAAUUUCUGCUCGUUCAGCUGGUAAAUAAACUGGGAGACCCGCAGAACAAAAUAGCCACCAAAGCCUCGUAUCUCUUAGAGACGUUGCUUUACAAGCAUCCAAAUAUGAAAGGGGUGGUGUGCAAUGAGAUGGAGAGGCUUUUGUACCGGUCAAACAUCAGCGCGAAAACUCAGUACUAUGCCAUGUGCUUUCUGAAUCAGAUAGUCCUCAGUCACGAAGAAACACCGCUGGCUAACAAGCUGAUAGCUUUGUAUUUCUGCUUCUUUCGGAACUGCAUUAAGAAAAAAGAUGUUGAAUCCAAAAUGCUCAGCGCUCUUCUUAGCGGGGUGAACAGAGCUUACCCUUACGCUGAGACUGGCGAUGAGAAAGUGAAGGAGCAAAUGAACACCUUGUUUAAAGUUCUGCAUCUCGUCAACUUCAGUACCAGUGUCCAGGCCCUGAUGCUGCUGUUUCAGGUCAUGGACUCUCAGCAGACUGUGUCGGACAGGUACUACACAGCGCUAUACAGGAAGCUUCUAGAUCCUGGUUUAGCAACCUGCUCAAAGCCAUCCAUGUUUCUUAACCUUGUCUAUAAGUCUCUGAAGGCAGAUGUAGUAUUACGGCGGGUGAAGGCCUUUGUGAAGAGGUUACUUCAAGUCGCUAGCGGGCAAACGCCACCCUUCAUUUGUGGAACCCUCUACCUUCUGUCUGAGCUUCUGAAAGUAAAACCAGGGCUAAGGGUCCAGUUACAGGAUCACGUGGAGUCUGAUGAAGAAGAGUGCUUUAAGGAUCAAGAAGAGGCUGAAGAGAAUGAGGAAAAAUUUGUGGAUGCAGACAAAGAAGUAGAAAGGGAAGAGAAGAGUACAGCAGAAAAUUCUGUUAAACCAGACAGUUCGAGUUCAUCAGCCUCAUGGGUGCAUCACGUGAAUAUGAGAGGCAGGAAGAAUGGGGUUUCAUAUGAUCCUUUGCACCGAAGUCCUCUCUACUGUGGUGCUGAAAGUACAAGCCUUUGGGAACUGAAGAAGCUUUCCGAACACUUCCAUCCAUCUGUGGCUCUGUUUGCAAAAACAAUUCUAGAAGGAAAUCACAUUCAGUACUCCGGUGACCCUUUGCAGGAUUUCACAUUAAUGAGAUUCUUGGAUCGCUUUGUGUACAGAAAUCCCAAACUCCAUAAAGGCAAAGAGAACACCAGCAGUGUGGUAAUGCAGCGGAAGAAGAAGCAGUUUAUGACAGAUAGGCAAAGUCUUGCAGUCAACAGUAAGGAAUUCCUUGCCAGAGAUGAAAGCAAAAUCCCAGUGGAUGAAGUGUUCUUUCACAGAUUUUAUAAGAAGUUUGACAAUAAGAGAGAGAAACAAAAGCGUCAAGAUGAUGAAGAAAGUGUGGAAGAUGUAGAUGAUGAUGAGUUCGAAAGAGCGUUGGAUACAUUUGAAGCUGAUGAUAGUGCCGUUGAUGUUAGGCAGGAUGACCUUGAUUUUGCUGGUAACAUAAAAAAGAAAACCAUAGGCAGUAAGAAAAGCAAAAGAACUGAGGAUUCCGGUGCUGAUUGGGAUGAUUCUGAUGAUGAAGAUGAAUUUAGUGAUCUGGAUGAUGAGGAGGUCUCCUUAGGAAGCAUGGAAGAAGAAGACUUCGAGGAGGAUAUGGACGAAGAGGGGGGUGUAUUUAUGGAUGUGUCUGAUGAUGAUAACGACCUAGACCUUAACAAUGACAGUCAAUUGAAGCCUGUCAGUAAAAAGACCAAGAGAAAGAAAGAGAUGAAUUCUGUGGGAUCGCUUGAAGGAUCCAGCCGAGGAAAGAAGAGGAAACUCACAGAUGCCAAUAUGCUGGCAUCCGCAGAGGAGUUUGGCUAUCUGCUGGAUGAAAAUGCUGGGUCCAAGUUUGACAAUAUUGGAUUGAACGCCAUGGCUAACAGAGAUAAUGCAAAUGUCAAACAGAUCAAGUGGGAAGUAGAGCGUGACAGGUGGCUCCACAACAGAGAUGUGAAAAGCAUCAUCAAAAGGAAGAAACAGUUCAGGCACAAAGGACUGAAAAAGAAGUACAAAGGCAAGAAAUCAAAAAGAUGAGCUAAACACCUUAAUGUGGACAUUUUUACAAUAGCUGUUGUAAAAUAAUUAUAUUUUCUUAAUCCA